AGCUGUUGUAAUAAGUCAACUUGUUGGGAGUGGAACCAUUCAGCUGUCGCUCGUGGAGCAUUGCUUGUCAGAGUCUCUUGUAAUCAGCAGACAACUAAAUGAUUGGCCCUACAAAAGAAAAGAGGAGCCACAUUUUAACUGAAUGAUUCCUAAAUUACCAGGGCUGAGGAGUCUGGAUGGAACUUACCACGUUAAGUCGGAAGCGAUCUCUGUUAAAUGGAUAUGAAAACGAGCCUCCACUGUACACGAAGAAAUGUUUGACCAGUCUGAAAACUCUGCUGGACAGAUAUGAGACUGACAGAGACACAGAGCAUGCCAAACGGAACCAAACUUUGUGUUCCAGGGCGAGCUGGGGGCGUCCCUGCACACCUGAAGCCUGUGUGAAUGGAAGGUCAAAACCCCUGCCGGACACUGAGAGCUUCUUCCACCAGAUAUCAUCCUGGGCUGACACACAAAACUCUGUCAAGAAAGUAUUGCAGCAUCUCCAGUUCAGACAAGCCACCAAUGACAUUUUACUCAAUGAGUCGGUUAACAAGAAAUUUUUGGAGUUUCGCCGUGACUUCACUGAGGAAUGUGGUGCAGAAGAUAAGCAGCAUUCAUGGGCCGUUAUUGAGAAACAGGAGGAGGUCGUCAUGUAUGGACCUUAUUAUCCUAAUUACAACAACGGAGAACACAGCGAGGACAUCAUUAUAAAACAAACCCAGGAACUUCUGGAGUCAGAGACUGUCUCAGAGAAUUGGAAGGUGUAUGUUUUCACCAUGAACAGUCCGUGUUUGGCUAGAAAUACGGAUCCGUGCAUGCUGAACCUGGUUCAGAAAGCUAAGGAGUGGUGGAGCGUGUAUGGCGUAAAGACUCAUAUUGGUUAUAUGAAAAACUGGGGCUUCAAAGGAACUAAAGAAUAUCUGUUCAGGGAUAUUAACUACAGCCAAGUGAACAGUAUCGAUCAGGUUGAGGACCAUGAGAACUUUGUCAAAGCAGCUGAAAAGGCUGAUCUUAAUCCUUUGUGUGAAAAUCUGUUUUCUGAUGUCAAAUUCCUUCAGAGAUCUACAAGGUUCUCUUUGAUAAACAGUGUGCAGGGGUCGGACUGGAAGAGUUACUUCAAAAGUAUGCAUAGCAUUUUUGAAAGCAAACCAGAAGAGGAGAAGAAAAUCUGCACACGUGAGGCGGACACUGUGAUCGAGGCUGCACGAGUUCUGCUUACAGAAAAAAGUGGAAGCUUUCAGGAAUAUUUAGACAAGGGUGGCGCAUUUGCUUUUCAUUACACUUUUAGCUCCCAAGUAUCUGACGUCAUCCAGGAUCAAAUGAGACUCACAUUUCAACAGUGUUGGAAGGAGAUGGUGCAGGACAAAUAUGCCGAGAUCGUCAGGGAGAAGCUGACUGAAGACUUCAAUCAAUGUGCCGUCCAGCUUUUUAUCAAAGAUAUUGUAAUGUUCACAAAAGAAUACUUAGAAAUUGGAAGGAUGCAGUUUUCAGAAGCUCCACAAGUUCUCUGACAACUCAACUCUUUGCCAAAUGAUGAGGAAGCAACUGUAAAUGUUUCACACGUUUGGUGUGCAAUUGAAGUGAAAUGAAUGACGCCAAACUUUUGUGUCAUACAU